AACAUAUAAGCUACAAAUAAAUGUUGAUAGACAAAUAUGAGAGCUUUUAAAUAUAUUCCGGUCGAUUCGUUCAUAGUUACAGCUGUUUUUCGUAUGGUGUUUGACUCGAGUUGUCAUGUCCAGGCUAAACUAAACUGUUUGUGUAUUGCAGAACCGUGUGUACUGUUUAAUUAAAGUAUAAAAGUUAUGGCUUUGGUGUCUUUGCUGGCUCUUCAUACCUGGGCAAAAGGAGCACAUACGGAUUUCACAUCCUGAUGUUGUUAAUAAUAGCAAAAAUAACGUAAAUAUUGAACGCUCUAGAACAUAGACCGAAAACUUCAAUUGGCAACAAAUGGAGAACAACAAAGUUCCAUACGAUAAAAAGCAACCGCUUGCUAGCGAUAUUGAUAUUGGGCUUGUCAAAAUAGAGCAGGAUGAGAUGUCAGAGUUUAAUAUUAUUGAAAAAAUGGAAUUGCACUGGGAGCAGACACAACAAAAGCAGCAUCAACCCAAACCAUUUCAUAGAGGACAGAGGAUGGUAAAUUGGCGAGAAGCAGAAGUGAAUUAUCUAAUUGAUUUGGUUAAGAGCAAUGCCUAUGUUUGGAACAGUUCUGUGCCCGAUUUCAAGAAGAAGCAUAAGAAAGCCCUGUUUUGGGAGCAGGCUGCCGACAAAAUAAAUAAAUCCCUACGACCACGGACUCCAUUCACACGAAAUGAUUGUUUUAAGAAAUGGAACAAUUUACGUACGUAUUUCCAAGCAGAAGUCAAGGCCGUCAAGAUCAAAAAUAACGGUGGCACUUCGGAUGCUGAUGACAAUAUUGGGGGCGGCUGGAAAUAUAGCUCAAAAAUGAGCUUUUUGAUUGGUACCCGUAUGCCGCAGAUAUCUGUAAAUACAUUCAACAAUAGCGAACAAUCGGUGUUUGAUACGACAACCAGCUUUUCCGACUCAAAUGGAGAAUCAGAAAUGGAAUCAUGCGAUCGCAGCGCUUUGGUGGAAGCUUCAAUCCAUGAACCUCAGGAUAACGAUUGCAGUCAAUCGAAUGCAAAUUUAGAUGAUUUGCAUCAAUCUUUACCGGACUCCCCUCAGGCGAAACGCAAAAAAAAUAAUGAGCUUACGGACACGUCGGAAAAUACUUUGCUCCACUCGAUGGUGAACAAUGUGAAUCAAUUUACGGGCACCAUGGCAAGCCAAAUGAAUAAAAGAGAGGAAUCGCAGUCCUUUUACUAUAGUAGCUAUGUUGGUCAAUGCUUGGAUAAGCUUGACCCGGAUCUCAACUUAGAGGCAAGGGAAAAAAUAAGCGAAAUCUUAUUUAAAUACGAGAAAGCACAAUUGAAGCGAUAAUAGACUGAAAUUCAGGUUAUUUAAAUAUAAUUGUGUUAGGGUACUUGUAAAUAAUUAAAAAGCAUUUAAUGUAAGUUAGUAAUAUGCUUGUAGUCAGUAACUAAGUUGAAAGUUAGGAACAAAUGUGUUCAAAUAGGCAACAAACUAAUGAUUUGUUCUUUGUGUCUAGACUAUUGUAGAGAUUAUACAAAUAAUAUAUGUUAUGAAUAAAAGUUAGUAAUAUGCAUGUAGUCAUUAAAUGUAAGCAUAUAACGAAUAUGUUAAUUUAUUUUGCGUGGGUUAACCAUGAGCUAAAGUCACAUUUUAGUUUCAUAGAGACUAUAGAAAUAAUAAGAAUAAGUUAUGAAUACGUAGAUGUUGAAUGUAAAGUACAAUAAUUAUAAAAGUAGCUAAUUUCACCA